AAAGAACGUCUUAAAAACGAGAGUAAGACUGAGCAACGAUUGUAAGAUGUCGUCCUAUUUACAGCACUAUCCCUCAUCUCCAAGCUAUUCUAUGUCUUCUACGGCUCAAAUAGCGCCUACAGUAGGAUCAAUUUGCUAUUCAUCAGCACCACCAUUGCCCAAAACAAUAAUAACAAAGGGAGAUAUUUCAGCGUCUAUUGAAGCGUAUCAGGAUCUUCUUUAUGCAGCAAAGAUAUAUAGAAACAGCUUGGUACAAGUAUCUAAGACAGCGUCGUCAUUUGGUACGGCGUUAGAGAAAUGUGCAAGAUGUAAGGGAGUAGGAGAAGAAGAGAUGUCAGGAUUUAUGUUAGCGGGAGGACUUCAAUACCUUAUAGCGAAUCAUCAACAGAUUUUGAGUGAAACGUUGUAUAGAAGGUUUGAAAUUCCAUUGAUGGAAGAGUUGGAUACGUUUAGAGCAAUUACACAAGAACGAGAUGAUAGAUAUCAAAGGAUGAUGAUGGAGAAGAAUAAGAGGAUCCAGGAGAGGGAAGCAGAGCAUUUGAGAGUUGGUAGAAAGAGACAACGAGAUUUAGCAACGUUUAGACAAGCACUUGUAGAUCUAUCGAAGCUAGCAGAUGAUUUAGAACGAUUAAAAUCGGAACAUUAUAAUGGGGCGUUAGAUACGAUACAUGAGACAUGGUCGAAAGUUCUUGAUUAUACAGCGUUAAUUACUAGGGCAGAGCUAGAUAUAUAUGAGGGGAUAGCAAGAAAAGGAUGGAGUGGUGGGGGACUUGAAGAGAUUAUGGCACGAUGUGAGGAUCCAUUUAAUACAGGACAAGGAGAAGGAUCGAUGACACAAGGAGGAGGACAUGGGGAAAUAUUUAGUAUUCUUCCAUCGCAUUCAAUAUUAACGUCACCUCAAUCGCCUAUUUUUAAUGAAGAUAAACUUAUUGGACAAUAUAGGUCGUUAACGAGGACGUUUUCGAACGAGGAAGGAUUUGAAGAUUAUAAUGAAGAAGAUGCAAAAAGUAUAUUUUCAUCAGAUAUAGGGAAAUAUAAAUCAGGAAUGAAUGAAGAAACCUCUCGUUAUGAGGAGAAUAAUCCAGAGAUUAUGAAUUUAUCAUCAAAUAAUUUACUGGAUAUUAAUCAAAAGAUCGAAUCAAUAAAUAUAGAUAUCUUGAAUAAGAAUGGAUAUUAUGAUUCAAAUGAGAAUGAGCUCAAAAAUGGGUUUUGCACAGAAACUAGUGAUAAUAACCCACAUGAUAUUCAUUCUACAUGAUAUUGAUUCUACUUGAUAUUACAUAUCAGUAUGAAAC